AUGAUCUUUUCCAUUGCCCCAAUUACUCCAUUGUCGGUUGAGGUCGAUGGUUACCCGACAUUAGCUCCUUCAGUGGUGCUUCAAUCGCGCUCGGUGCUCAAACAUUGUGUGGUCAAGUCUCGAGUUUUAAUCCAGUGGGAUGGUAAUUUGCCAUUGGAGGAUGCAACCUGGGAGAGCUUUAUACGGGCAUCAAAACUGGGCGGGAACGCGUUUUGUCACCGCCCCUCAGCUCGGAAUGAAUAUGCUUCCCUUUACAUUUACACCUCCUUUCUCUCUCUAGGCUUGCCUUGCCUUCGGAGCUACGCACCGUGCUCCAUUCGAGAUCUGAGCUUCAGUUCAACCUUCUCGGAGACGCUCUGUUUUUUCAGCUUCAAUCUGAUAGUCUCUGAUAUGGCUCCACCAAUUGAGACGCCCGACAAAUCCCUUGUUCAGAAGAUAGCACAUUCACCUCUUAAUGAAAGGAUACUCUCUUCACUGUCCAGGAAAUCUGUUGCUGCUCAUCCUUGGCAUGAUCUAGAGAUAGGGCCUGGAGCACCAAUAAUCUUCAACUGCGUGGUCGAGAUAAGUAAGGGAAGUAAGGUGAAGUACGAGCUCGACAAGAAAACUGGCCUGAUCAAGGUCGAUCGUAUUCUUUACUCAUCGGUUGUGUAUCCCCAUAACUAUGGCUUCAUUCCUCGUACGCUUUGCGAGGACAGUGACCCAAUGGAUGUAUUGGUCAUUAUGCAGGAACCAGUUCUUCCUGGCUGCUUUCUGAGGGCCAAGGCAAUAGGCCUGAUGCCCAUGAUUGAUCAGGGAGAGAGAGAUGACAAGAUCAUUGCUGUUUGUGCCGAUGAUCCAGAAUACCGGCACUAUACUGACAUUAAGGAGCUUCCACCCCAUCGAUUGGCUGAGAUCCGCCGUUUUUUUGAAGAUUACAAGAAGAACGAGAACAAGGAUGUUGCAGUUAAUGAGUUCCUUCCUGCCACAAGCGCGUACGAGGCGAUUCAGACCUCCAUGGACCUUUACGCAAACUAUAUAGUCGAAAGCUUAAGGCGGUAG